AUGGUUUACAGUCUCACACCAAUUUUUUCAGCAAAAACUGAACUCCCUAUAUCAGCAAAGCACUCGUCUUUUUGCUGUCUUGUGCUGAAUACCAUUGAACCGUUACAAUUGUUCAAAGUAGGUCAGUUCAAGCUUUGCCACCAAGACCCUAAAAAUUACACAUGUCCAACUCGUGGCAUUAGUGCUAAAACCUGUCAGUCAGUUGGGCUGCCACCUUCUCGUUUUCCGCUUCCAUAUAGUCUGCAUGGCCAAGAAAAGGGGAAGGGAGAACUAAGAAACUAUGCUCAAGAAGAGACCGUUCGCAAGGAGAAAGUAAAGAUCCUCAAUAAUGGCAACCACGUUCAUAGCCAAGAUCGCGAUGUUCAGGCCAUAGAAAGAGCAAAAGAACAAGCACAUGAAGCAAAGGAGAAAGCCAUAGAAUACGCACACAAAACCAAGGAGAAAACAAAAGAAACCGCUGAAUCGGCCGCUGAGAAGGCAAAAGAAACUGCCCAAAGCCCAAAAGAGAAGGCCAAAGAAUAUACACAGGAGACGAAGGAGAAGGCCAAAGAAGGUACAGAGAAAUCUUCACAAACUGCAUAUGAACUGACGGAGAAAACUAAAGAAAAAGCACACGAUGUGAAGGAGAAGACUGAGGAGAUAGCGGGUUCUGUGGCCAGUAAGGCCUCAGAGACGGUGCAAACUAUAGGAGAAAAGGCAAAGCAGACGGUUCAGGGAGCAGAGGAUGGACGACGAUGCUGUGAAAUUGAGGAGGCGUGCCCGAAGAGCAGAGGAUGAGAGGAAAUAUUGAAAAGGAGUUUGAUGGGUUUUCUUUCUUUGAUGUUAUGGUUCUAUUUUACAAUGCAAAUAAGUCAGUGGCAGUGGCCUAAUGGUUAUCACAGUGUUUAUGUAAGCAUGGGAAGUUAAUAUUUUUCUCAACAUUAAUCUGCAAAAGUUUUACUAUCAUUCAUAUUUAAAAAGACCAGUGCAGUUAUAAUAAGAAAAGUCGGGUUUUAUUUCAUUGCUUCGAUUUUAGUUCAGAAAGGCUAGAGUACAGCUGCUUGCUUGAAUAUUUGAAGCCAGCCAGGUGAAGAGUGCAUGUGAUAAUUGAACACAAAAUCCUUUCAAAAUAUAUGGGUUUGGAGGUGGUUUAGGCUUCUACUUUGUUUUUCUCUUUUCCCUGCUUUCAACUUUCGAGCUUUGCACUUGUUUAAACAUCAGAUUCUUGGUUUAUAAGUGGCAGUAACAACCCCGAAGCUUAAAUUGCUUUGGUCAAUAUGACCAAAAUAAAGUGACCAAAACAGGCCCGGCUUUUGAAAUAGUGGUAAGACAACAGCCCAAAGAAAGACAUAAGCCCAUAAAGUACAAUCCCAUUUUUCAAGUAAGGUGAAGAUGGGGUCAUACAAAUCAUGAAUAGCAAACAUCAACGAGGCAAGAUAAUUAACAACCUAGCCACCUAGGGGACCGCGUGGGAAGGGGGCUCCACAGAA